CAGUGAGGUGAGUGAAACUUGUAUGAAGAUUUUCCAAGAUCUGAAAUAGACACAAGACCAGAAACAUGUUCAAGUCAUGGAGCAAGAAGAAAAAGGUCAAAACUUUAUUCAAAUUGGAGUUUCAGGCAACUCAGGUGCCAAAAUUGAAAAAGUCUACACUGACGAUAUCUUUGGUGCCAGAGGAUGUUGGAAAGCCGACAGUGAGACUACAGAAAGCUGCAGUUCAAGAUGGAACCUGUUCGUGGGAGAAUCCUAUCUAUGAGACAGUGAAACUCAUCAGGGAACAAAAAACAGGAAAACUCCAUGAGAAGAUCUACAAUUUCAUUGUUUCAACUGGAUCAUCAAAAUCAGGUUAUGUUGGAGAAGCUUCAAUUGAUCUCGCAGAUUUUGUGGCAGAGACCAAACCGUUGACUGUUUCUCUGCCCCUUAAGUUUGCAAACUCUGGCGCAGUACUACAUGUGACAAUUCAGAAGAUGGAGGAAGCCAAUGACCAAAAAGAUGGUGAAGAGCAUGGAGCUCCAUUUCUUUCCCAUGACGAAAGCUUGAAGAACCAACCAGGCAAUUGCAGUCCAGAUGAAAACUUGUACAAUUUUGCUGAAGAUGGGUAUCUGAAUGAAAGCGCAUCCCAGAUUGCUGAACAAAAUGGCAUCUUCAGAGCAUCUACUGGCUCUAGUGCUACAUUAGCAUCAUGCUGGGAUAUUAAUUCUAUACAAAGUUCACAACCAGAUCUUGGAUUGAGAAGUAGCAACAUCCAUAAAAAGGGAAUUGCCAAUGCCAUCACCACAAGAAAACAUGCGCAUCAGAGAUCAAACACAUAUUGCUCAGUGGAUUCAGCCUCGGAUGGAAGUUUAGUUGACUCAACAAACAGCCUUGAGGAAAACCUUACAAGAGAAAAAUUGCAAGACGCUUCAGAUGAUUCCAUUGGAAAACUCAAAACUGAAAUUGCUACUCUAAUGAGGCAAGCAGAAGUAUCAGAAAUGAAAUUACAGUCCCUUCGGAAACAACUUGUGAAGGAGAGGAAGCAGGGAGAGAAUCAAUCAAGACAAAUUAUUAGCCUUAAAGAGGAGAAAGAUGCGCUCGAAAUAGAAUGUGAACAACUCAACUCACUGCAGAAAUGUAUUGUGGAGGCAGAAGCUCCAAAAAGAUUGCAUUCUGAGAUUAUAGAUACAAGGGUUCAAUUAGAAGAGGUGAGGCAAGAGCUUAAUUAUGAAAAGAAAAUAAGUAGCGAUCUUCAAUUACAACUGCAGAAGACACAAGACUUAAACUCUGAGUUAAUUUAUGCAGUGAGAGACCUCGAAGAAAUGCUGGAGAUAAAAAAUAGGAAAAUAUCAGAUAUUUCCACUUCCAAAAUGAAUGGGGAUAAGAACCCAGAAACACUGAAAGAACUGGCUGAAGAACAUAAUGAUUCAAAAGAAGUAGACUUGUUGAAGGAAAAUAUCAGAGACCUGAAUGGUGAAAUAGACUUCUACAAGAAACACAAGGAAGAGUUAGAUAUGCAUAUGAAACAGCUCACCUUGGACUUUGAGCUUUUGAAGCGGGAAAACUAUGAUAUCUCAUUGAAAUUAGAGCAAAGCCAAGUACAACAACAGAUGACACAAAAUGAAUGUUCAGUGUCUUUGGCUACAAUAAAAGAACUUGAAUCCCUGAUAGAAAGACUAGAAGAAAAGAUCAAGAAGCAGGCAGAGGACUUAUCAGAAUGUUUGUUCUCCAUCAAUGAGCUUGAAGGUCAGGUUGAUGGUUUAGAGAAAGAACUGGAGAAGCAGGCACAGGCAUUUGAAGAAGAUCUAAAUGCUAUGACAUUUGCCAAAACUGAGCAGGAACAGAGAGCCAUCCGAGCAGAGGAGGCCAUGAGAAAGACGAAGUGGAAUAAUGCUGUUACGGCUGAGCGUCUCCAGGAGGAUUUUAGAAGGCUUUCUGUGGAAAUGGCAUCUAAACUUGAUGAGCAUGAGAAGCAGGCUAUGAAAGAACUGACAGAAGCUAAUGAACUACGCCUGCAGAAGAGAACUCUGGAAGAACUGCUCCAGAAAUCCAAUGAAGAGCUCAGAAAAAUUAAAGAUCAGAAUGAAGUACAAAAGCAAGAUCUUUUGAACCAAAUACAUUUGAAUGAAAAGCAAAUAGAGAAGAUGUCAUUGGAACUAGCCCAAAAGUCCCAGCAACUUGAAUAUGCACAAAAGCAUGAGAGAGAAAAUCAUAAGGCUUUCUCGAUGGAGAUACAAAUGCUUAGAGUAGAGGUGGAAAGGCUCACAAAAGAAAAGUACAACUUCUAUGAGCAAGCAGAAACGGAUAAAAUUAAGACAUCGAUUGGUGAAAAAGAGAUGCUCAUGCAAUCAUGGAACAAAGAAAGGGGUGAUUUGGAGAAAAAAUUAGCUUUAGCAAAGAAGGAAGCAGAAAAAAUACAUGAAGAAUUUAGUAGUAUGAGGUCCUUAAAAGAUGAGAAGGAAAUAGUGAAUAAUAAUCUGCUGUCAGAAGUGGAAAAACUAAGAGCCCACCAUGACGAGUUAAAACAUAACUUGUACAAAGAAGAAUUGGAGAAAGAAAACUUGAGGAAACAGAUAUUUCAACUGAAGCAUCAGCUAGUGAAAAAGGAAGAAGAAAUCACCAGUAUUGAGAAGAAGCUCAUGAAUUGCAAUGGAGAGUCUGAAGAAAGAGAAAAUGGCAUGAAAAACCUGCUGCUUUCUAAAAUGAGUGCUGCAGAAGGCAUGUCAAUCCAAAAAGAAGUUAGUGUAGUGCCACAUCAAAGGAGAGUAGAAACUCACUCGGAGAAAGAGCUGAAAGUCUCCACUUUCUAUACUAAGGAUGAGUGUAAUUGUACCAACUUUUCGUCUGAAGUGGCAUUACUGAAGGAAAGAAAUAAAUGUAUGGACAAAGAGUUGAAAGAAAUGCAAGAGAGAUAUUCAGAGAUAAGUCUCAAAUUUGCAGAGGUAGAAGGUGAGAGGCAACAACUAGUGAUGGCUGUACGCAACCUCAAGAAUGGUAAGAAGAAUUAGCAUUCCAAUGUGCUGGAUAUCAGAGACUGGGAGCUAAGCAAUGGUAGAGCAGCCAGAUAUACUAAGCAAUUGAGCGUCAAAGCCAGGUGUGACCAUUACUUUCAUUAAAGUGUGGUCAAGAAAACAAUAUCAAGUACAUCAAAGUUAUCAUUCGUUUAUUGCUCAUUCCUCCAUUUUGGGACAGUAUAAGCAACCAGAAAAUCAACCUAUUCUGCUAAUAUACUCAGCUGCAGAUCAAAAAAAUCCAAGCCAGUAGAUCUAGUCAAGAAAAAUGUAUUAUUUUAUAAUUAUCAACUCAAUUCUUGCAUCA